CUGUCCAGUUUGAUUUGACAGCCACUCUUUGCAUGACCCGUUGACCAAGCAAGAGGCAGUGAAAACCUCUGAGAGUCAUAGAUGGACAGUGGAAACAGGAGUGCGAUAAAACUGACUGCAGUGAUAUUGAAUGCUGAUGGAGUGAUUCAAUAGAUCAAACAGCUGAGUUCCUCUGCAAGAUACAGUUAUUUUCUAAAAUAAAGCCACAAAAGAAGCUGGAUUAGCACAUGCCCUUGACUCCCACUUCAACUUUAUAAUACAUAUACGUUACUGUUCCACUUAACAAACUUGGACUAAACCUUCUACAAGAGAACGAGCAAACAAGCAUGAAAGGCUACUUGCUUUUGAUUUUGAAUGUUAUCAUAUUAAUAUAUGAGGUUCAUGGAUGUCCUGAAAAGUGCCUAUGCCAUCCACCUUCGAAGACAGUAGACUGCAAGAAUCGAGGACUUGUUGACAUUCCCUCCCAUUUACCUUCUGAAACUCAAAUCUUACUGUUGCAGAAUAACCACAUUUGGAGAAUCAAUCAAAGUGCAUUCACUGGAGCACCUUGGCUCAAAAUUUUAGAGCUGUCUAAUAAUUCGAUAACAAGUUUGGCAUCAGGUGCUUUCCAAGGGCUACGAUACCUACAGGUUCUAAACCUAACCAAGAACUUGAUUCAUUAUGUAGAAAACAAGACUUUCAGUUCCCUCCCACAGCUGAAAGAACUGGAUUUAUCUUUCAACAGGAUAUUAAGUCUGCCUGAAACUUUGGGGAAAAAUACCGGAAAUAUAACGUUAUUGUCUGUGAAACAUAACAAGCUUCAGAAAAUGGAAAGAGUUCUUCUGGAGUCACUUCCAAACCUGAAAGUUGUUCUUUUCAAAGAUAACCCAUGGCAAUGUAAUUGCAAUGUCUUUGGCCUUAAACUGUGGCUGGAGAGCUUUUUAUACAGAGGAGGAAUAAGUGAUGGCAUUAUCUGCUCCACACCUGAGAAUCGGAAGGGAAAGGACCUCCUUAAAGUUCCUUAUGAGAUGUACGGGGUAUGUCCUCCUACAGCUGCUCAUGUUACCCUGGCUAGUUUUCACCACCAUACCUCUGAGCACAGAAAUUCACUGAAGCAUGCUCAUCACAAUGAACAUGGAGACAGUAGCCAUUCAGACUGUGAACCUAAACCGAAAUCAAGGCCAGUUAAUUUGCGUCAUGCGAUCGCCACUGUAGUAAUAACUGGAGUUGUCUGUGGAAUUGUGUGUCUAAUGAUGUUGGCAGCUGCUGUUUAUGGUUGUGCCUAUGCUGCAAUUACUGCUAAAUACCACAAAGAACACUUGGCCCCAGCAAUAGAACAGGGGAGUCCUGAGGAAAAAGAGCCAUUUGAUAGCUCCUUGGCUUGAGUGAGUUUUGUUUUUGGUUUAUCUAAAAUAAGAACCCUCAGUUUAGUCCAAAGCCUAGUG